ACGUGAUUGGGAGGGAAUUAUCAGUCGAUAUAACUUGAUAUGCAACCUCAUGCACCUCAUGUAACCUGUACAAGUUUUAUACUCGAAAUUUUCUCCCAACGAAUGUUCGUCAAACGUUAAAGUCGUGGCGCGUUAAAACAACUAUGUUUGCAAACCAAUUGACUUCGUCAAUCUCGCGAUCAGUUAGGAGUAAUUUGAUGAGCAUUCGGCAAAUGAGUGCUGCAGUUAAUGCCGGUUACGUGAAAUCUCUAUUCUACAAGGAGUACGGCGAUCCCGUCGAGGUUCUUCAAGUAACAACGCAAACAAUAGAACGGCCAGCGGACGAUCAAGUAUCAGUAAAGUGGCUAUUAUCUCCAGUGAAUCCUGCUGAUAUAAAUACAAUACAAGGAAAAUAUCCCAGCAGGCCUCCUCUGCCAGCGGUAGCAGGAAAUGAAGGGGUUGGAGAAAUAGUAGAUGUUGGUUCUAAUGUUCAAAACUUGCGUAUUGGAGAUAGGGUUGUGCCAAAUGGCCCUAAUUUUGGAAUCUGGAGGACACAAGCUAAUUAUAAUUUUAAGGAUGUUAUGAAAAUACCGAGUGAUGUCGAUCUAGUUGUAGCCAGUAUGAUGAAUGUAAAUCCAUGUACAGCAUACAGAAUGCUCAAGGACUUUGUUCCAUUAAAGCCUGGAGAUACUGUGAUACAAAAUGGUGGCAAUUCCGCAGUUGGUCAAUUGGUUAUUCAGUUAUGUAGAGUAUGGAAUUAUAAGUCUAUCAGUGUCGUUAGAGAUAGGCCAAACAUACAGGAAUUAAAGGAUCAAUUGGUAAGCUUAGGGGCAAAUGAAGUGCUAACUGAAAAGGAGGUUCGAAAUACACAAUUGUUUAAGGAUAAAAAAUUACCUGCACCAAAAUUAGCUCUUAAUUGCAUUGGUGGAGAGAGUGCGACCGACAUAACAAGACAUCUUGCUCAUAGUGGUAUUAUGGUGACUUAUGGUGGCAUGUCCAGAGAACCAUUAACUGUACCAGUGUCCGCACUUAUCUUUAAAGUAAAUACCAGUACUACAUUUAUAAUUAACAACUACAAUAGGUCAAGUCUAAUUUGUGCGAUAUAUUUUCAGAAUAUAUCGUUCAAAGGAUUUUGGAUGACAGCCUGGACAAAAGCAAAUAUGGAAUCCCAGGAGAGAGUGGACAUGUUUAAGAAUUUAGCAGAUUUCUUCAGGGAUAAGAAAUUGCAACCUCCACCACAUAAAUUAGUGCCUUUUUGUGAAUAUCAAGAAGCUAUUGCUAAGGCGCUCAAUUUUAAUGGUCGAACGGGUGUGAAGUAUAUUUUAGAUUUAACGAAAUCUUAAAAUGUGCAUAGAAUUUGUUUUCUACUGUCUUGUAACUUUUGUAACAGUGCAUUUAAAGUUACCAUCUUAGGAUUCUAUAUGUGCAUAUCCAUCUACUUACAAUUAUUUGAAUUUGUAAAUUUUUGAAUUUACUAACAAUUGGCUAUUAAUUAACAAUGAACUAAUAGAUUAAAAGCAUUUAUUUAAUACUAUAUAUUAAGAAUUAUAUUUAAAAAAAAAAAACGUUUUUGAAUCACUUGUUAAUGUUGAAUCUGUAUUUAAGUUACAUAUUAAUUUUAUAAUAGCAAAUUUAUUAAAAAUUAUAAUUUUAAAAAAGUUUUUGUUUUAUAAUUUUCUAAAUAAAAGUCUAUCAUUGUUUUUAAAAACUAUUAUUAAAAACAAUUGCAAUAUUUUAUAUAAAUAUUUUAUUUGUAUGAAAUAAUAACGAUAAUUAUCAAUUUAAAUAAUAUGUAUAUAUUCACAAUUUGGUAUACUUAAUGCUGUUCGACCUACGAUCAAUUUGAUUUACAACCGAAAUCUCGGAACAUAGUCCCGUUUGUAAGUAGAUGGAUACUUAUAUUUUUCUUUUGCUUUGAAUAAGAUUGAAGUAAAGUAAAAAAUAUGUUUUGUAAAAUAGGAAAAUAAUUUUUCACAUGGAAAUGUAUGUAUUUCUAGUAGAAAGAUAUCGGUGUAUAUAAAUAUGCAAGAAAAUAUAGGAAAAAUAAUUGCA